AUGACAGGCCUACUACAGUUGAUCAGACCGCGGGAGAUCUGCCCUUUAUUAUUCAAAAAGAGAAAUCAAAACAAACCGGACAGACCGCCAGCUUCCCUGGAUUGCCAUAUUGGCACAUGCCCAGUAGUCAUCCGACAUGACGACAGCAAUGACGAGAGUUCUACCAUCUCAGGAUCUUUAACACUUGAAGUUACUGAAGAUAAGAUCGAGGUACAAAGCCUCUAUGCUCUACUACGAGUACACACCGUCAACAGGAAACCAUUCAAAAAAGGCUGCAAAUGUUGCAAACACAGUUUUACAGAACUCAAGCGUUGCAAUAUUAUUACAACAGCCACCACUUUAAACAAGGGCAUUUAUACGUAUGACUUGUCAUAUCGGGUGCCCAGCUACCUGCCUCCAUCCAUAGACACGUCGAUUGUCUCUGUCAGCUAUGAGCUUGAAGCGAUAGCGUCCCUUCGAAGAUUGAGGCAGUCACCAACCAGCCUUCAGACCCUUGCUCUGCAUCGCGUUCUCCCCGUUGUACGAUCAAUAUCUGUCAUGGACACUAAAACAUACUCGAAUCGGAUUUAUCAAAUGGCAGGAAUAGAAGUGAGUUGUGCCUUUGACACAGUGAUGAACCCCAGGAUUAAAAAUCGGGCCACACUUACUAUGAGCGGGCUUCGAAGCAGUCCUGGCAACAGCAAGGAUAUUCAUCUCUGGCGCAUAUGCAGUGGGACUUGGAUAUUGGAAGAGACUGUCAAAAGCACAGCAUCGGCUUGCCUGUCUCACUGUCGUCAAAAUAAGGGUGACAACACCCGAGAGCGAAAAAAACGGACGAUACUCGGAUACUCAGCAUUCUACGACGGGUGGACAACCGACGACGAUGCAGGGACUUUGAGCAUGGACUUCCAUUUUUCCAUACAAAAAAGCCUGAGCCAUUACACACAAGAUACAGGCGAUGUGGGCGACACUUCAGUCUCUCACGCAUUGGUGAUGGAGGUGCAGAUGAUGAAGGAGAUUUACCCAAAUGGAAGACUGGACUUAGCGAGAAGAACCGGAAUUGGGAGGAUACUUCGCUCUGAGCACCGUGUCGUGCUGAGUGACUACACAACACUGUCAACCCAGAUAUCCGGGGAGAGUCUGCCACGGUAUCAGGACGUGUGCAAGGGACCCCCUGUAUAUGAGGAAUAA